AUGGUGCAAUUAAUCAAUAUGGAUCAAUCACAAAUCUCUGCACCAAAAAAUGAGAAGGUAGUUCCCCAAGAUAAUGGCAUCGCGAAUGACACACAUAAUGGAAAUAAAGAGCAGCUUAAACAUAUUGCUCAGAAUUCCAACCACACGAAACGACCUAAUGAGUCUGCCGAUAUUUCAGUCUCUCCUGGCCCAAACAAAAAACAGCAUGUAAUAAAAUAUGAGGAUGGCCAGGCGCCAUCUUCUAACACAUCCACACCAAGUGAUUCAGACGGCAGAGCUCAUCGUAGCAGCCAUCCGCUCAGCUCUACGGGUCACCGACCUGUAACUUCAUGUACACAUUGUAGACAACAUAAGAUUAAAUGUAACGCCAGUGAUAAUUUUCCCAACCCAUGCUCGCGGUGCGAGAGAAUGGGCCUUCAUUGCGAGAUAGAUCCACAGUUUAGACCAAAAAAAGGUUCACAACUGCAAAAUUUGAGGAGGGAUGUAGACGAGUUGAAAUUAAAGAUAGAAUAUUUGACCAGAAAUGAAAGUCUGAUAGCUCGAGCUUUUCAACAAGGUGAAGUUGGACAAGAACUUGUCAAUGCCAUAAAAUCAAUAGAUAUGGGUAAACUUAACGAAAUGAAGACCUUCGAAGAAUUAGAGCCCCAAAAACUUCAACAAAGAGUAUUGCGUAAAAGUUACACUUCGCAAGAGCAGUCUACAGAAAAUAAGCCAGCAAAGAUUUCGGUGCAAACGUACUUAGCUAGUGAGCCUCACCUGCUUCAAGACAUUCAAAAAUCUAACGUGACAACACCUCAAGAUAUAAAUAGUGACAAGAGCGAUUCAUCAAAUAAAUAUUCUUUACCAGCACUGCUGAAUGAUUCAGCUCCUACAAACAAUCACAAAGAAAGUUUACCACCUGUAUUACAAAUGGCACUACAUCGUAAUACCUCAGUGACAAAUUCACCAAAAGAUACACCUGGUUCAAGUCAUGAUAGCCCAUCAAAUUCAUCCAUUACAAGCGCACAUAUUACCCGUAAUCGAAUGGAUGAUCCAACUCACCGUAAUGAUUCCUACGAAAAAAAACCACAAAAAAAGUCACCUAUCGUGAUGACCACAAAUGCGAUUCCCCUUCUCCCAUCCCCCUAUGCAAGCAUUGACGAAUUUGUACUGGGGGAUGUUAGAAUAUCUAUUGAUAAAGCCAGCAGGUUGCAUCAUAUCUUUGUGACUAAAUAUCUUCCCUAUUUUCCUAUACUAUCUUCAGAAUCUGCAACAGAAUUGUACUCACAAUCUCAGCUUUUAUUUUGGACUGUAAUGUUAACUUCAUGUCUUUCUGAUCCGGAACCAUCCAUGUAUAUCAAGCUUUCGUCACUUAUAAAACAGCUGGCUAUCGAAACAUGCUGGAUACGCACACCAAGAUCAACACAUAUCUCACAAGCACUUUUGAUCUUAUGUAAUUGGCCAUUACCUAACCAAAAAGUACUGGAUGAUUGCUCGUAUAGAUUUGUUGGUUUGGCUAAAUCACUUUCAUAUCAGUUAGGUUUACACAGAGGUGAAUUCAUUUCUGAAUUUACGAGAACUCAAACUUCAAUGCCAAAUGCAGAAAAAUGGAGAACAAGAACAUGGUUGGGUAUUUUUUUUUCAGAACUCUGUUGGGCAAGUAUCUUAGGCUUGCCACCCACUGCGCAAACUGACCAUUUAAUUGAAAACGCACGUAUGAGUUUGGAUGAAGAGGAAGAAACAACUUUUAAUGAUGAAAAAAGGGAAAACUUAGACAAAGAAGGCACACCAGGUAGUAAUAACAAGGAGCAUACUUUCAAUGCUGAAGUCAAGAGCAAGUCCACUAAAAGUAAAGACAACGACAAAUUGAGUGGGAGUCCCAGCCCACAAAAAGAAUAUCGUUUACCUCCAAGAUUUCGUCGUUUGAUCUGUCUGGCCAGCUUCCAAGCUAAGCUUUGCAAAGUUAUGGGUUCUAGCGUCGCAAGUCCCGAUGGUCUUAUGGAGCCAAGAGACCGUGCCAGUUCGUUAGCGAUUCUCGAAAGAGAACUUGAUUUCUCCAAUAGAAAGCUUCAUUUUGAGAAGGACGCUGCUGUUCACAUUUAUUACCUUUACGUUAAAUUAAUGAUCUGUUGUUUUGCAUUCCUGCCAGAUACGCCUACAGAGGAUCAAAGUCAAUACGUUACUGAGGCUUACCUUUGUGCAACAAAAAUUGUUUCUUUACUAACGAGUUUAUUGGAAACUCAGCAGUUGAUUGAGCUACCGAUUUACGUCAGACAUAGUGCUACUUUUGCCGCAUUAAUACUUUUUAAAUUGCAGUUAACGCCACUGUUAUUGAACAAGUACUUGGACUCUGCACGUCAAUCUAUUGUAACAAUUCACAGACUUUAUAGAAAUCAACUUAGUGCUUGGGCUACGGCGGUGGAAAAUGACAUAUCGAGAACCGCUAGCGUACUGGAGAAGUUGAACUUUGUCCUUAUCACCCACCCCACUGUUUUCGUGGAGGAAGAAGGAAUAAUAUGUCGAAUGAGAUCACAUCUUACAGAUUCUUUAUUUUACGAUUUAGUGUGGUGUAUCCAUGAAGCAAGGAGAAGGGAAAUGGAUCCUAAAUAUAAUCAAGAGGCAUUGGAAAAAGCGGAAGCUAAACGAAAGCAGAGGGGAAGAUAUUAUCCAUCGGGUUCUUUGGACAGAAAGCUUCUUCCAUUACCUUUUUACAAUCAGAUAUCAAAAGAAGAUUUUGAGACCAUUGUACAAACGACGCCAGGAGGAACUGCGGUUACUACACUGGUUCCCACAAAAAGCGCUCUCAGUCACGCAAAGAAAUUAGCAGAAACAAACCAAGGACCUGAUGGAGCCAUCAUUGAAAUAAACGGUAUACCGUUGUCUAUGUUGGACGAAACAGGUAGUGUUAGCUUGCCAAGUGUAGAAAAUCUGGAGGUGAUGCGAAAAAGCGGCGGCAAGCCUCCAGAUCAAGUUACAUCUCACAAGAGUAGAACGCCUUCCGAAUCUUCAAAGCGGUAUGGCAGUGCUACUAUAAAUUUUGCGGAAGCUGCCAAGCAACGUCCAACCUCUGCACUUUCAAACAGAAGUAAAUCACAUGCUAAUGGAGUCACGAAUAACUAUUCACUUGAUAAACAUGCAGAAUCUCUAGCUGCACAGCCACUAUUUAUAGGUGAUACAAGCAUGCAGAGAUCAAACAGUACCCCUGCUGCGACGCCGAUCCAACUAAGCUCAUAUGCGCAGGGCAGAAGAAAAACUGGCUCACGAGAUCACCCUAAUUCUCUGUUCAUGAUGAACAACUCAUUGUCAUCUAAUCUUUCGUUAAACAAGUCUUUUCCAUUGCCCUUAGAAGCAGGUAGUUCCAAAGAGCAGCCCGCAGGUACGGCGCGUGUGCGAAGUCCUAUGGUUAGGGAAUCAGUUUCGAAUAGUUAUUCCAAUUUAAAUCUUUUUUUGAGUAAUAAUGGUCUGCAGCCCAUGACCGCCGCGGAAGGUCAAAAUGAUUCCACCAAAGCCUUCAAUCAAUCAUCAGACUUGAAUAGUUUCUUCCAGCAACAGAGCACAGGAUGGAUAGAGGGCAGCUCCAUAAAUGACGACUUUUUGGGGUGGUUUGAUAUGAAUAUGGAACCUGAAUUCUAG